AUGUCGGGAAGUGACAGCCUGGCCGCAGCCGCGACGGCGACGGGCGUCGGAGGCGCGCGCGAUGAAGAAACAGAAGUCCAACCAUCAAACUCAGUCACACGUCUUUCUUCAGAUGAUAUCGAUUUGUAUGGCUUUUGUCCAGAGAGGGAUGAUUUCUAUGGAGUAGUAUGUGAAAUAUGCGAUGCCAUAGUGAAACCGCAAGCUCUCAUUCAACAUAUAGAGUGUCGCCAUUCCGGCAUGGCAAAUUUUCCGCCACCUACGACCCCAGUCACAAAACCGUCCAUAAAAACUCCCUUCUGCAAGGUCUCCAAGCUGAAGAGAAACACUCAACCAUCAGUUCCUUCAGUUUCUGCUUCAAUUCCUAUUGUUGGUAGCGCGAAGCUGAACCACACGACCGUUAAGCGUACUGCGGAUCAGGCGAACUUGUCUGUAGGUGGCUCUCUGCCGAUCUCCUCGUCACCCCGAUCGCCUCUUGAAUCGAUCACGGUACAAACUACCUCUCCUAACAUAGCCGGUUCUUCGAAUAUUAUCAGUGCAUCUACAAGCAGCGGAGGGAGUCCGAGUAAAAGCCCUGGUCCCAGCAGUAACAGUGGCACCAACCAGCCUCGUCGGAAGAGGCUCAAAACGGAUCGCUCGUUACUCAAAGACCGCGAGUACGAUCCCGAUCGGCACUGCGGUGUGUUGAACGAGGAGACCGGCAAGCCCUGCACCAGGUCGCUCACAUGCAAAGCGCACACUGUCUCGCUGCGCCGAACGGUCGUCGGUCGCAGCAAGACCUUCGACAAGCUCCUCGCGGAACAUCGUGCCGCGAAGGAGCAGCCGAAUAGCGGCGGUAGCCGGCAGACAACGAAGGUGACGGUCUCUGGAACCGUCACUGUAUCCUCGGCCGUUACCGCCGCCGCCGCCGCCACCGCCGUAUCCAACCUGAAUAAUCCUCUUGCUCCCAACACUCCAGUAUCUAUUGCCGACUCGGAAACGCCGAGCUCACCGCCUGUACUAUCGUUACCGGACACGUAUCCACUGCCAAAGGCUGUUGAUUUGCUUUAUCGGUGUCUGGCCCCGCAUGGCUCCACUAAACCUACCAAACUCGAAGAGGACUUUGUCAAUUCGGAGGAGCUGCGGAAUCUAGAGUCCACGCUGGUGGCCAAUUCUACCAUCGCUGGCAGCAGUAGUAGCAACAGCAGUAGCGGCUCAUCACAACAGCAGUCAAGUUCAAUGAUGGCACCAAUAUCCGUAAUGCUACCAUCACUAUCCCCAUUACCGGGUACCAACAGCGAAGAGUCAUCAGGAAUAGCCACCUUGAUACCAAGUACUACCACGACGCCCACAAUGCCAGUCGUACCGGCACCACUGCCAACCACUUGCAUACAACCACCUACGGUAGUCGCCACUGUGCUCGAAGGCGAGACUCCUGUGGACAUCGAUGCCGAGACCAUGUCCAUGUACUCACCCGUUUACACCACCAAAGACACUAAAUCCCAGCUACUAAUGCAGAUACAGUCACGGCCAAAUAGCCAUUCAUCACAGUCACCAAUCUCAGUCAGGAAUUAUCAGCAAAUGCAAGUUUCCAUGCCGAGUCUGAAUUUGUUCGAACCAGUGGAACAGCUGGAGCAACAGCAUGCCAGUCAAAUCAACGGCAAGAGAUUGAAUCAUGCGAGCUCGGUAUCGCGGCAACAAAAAAGGCACAAGUCACAACAUGAGCAAUUGUGCCAAUCGUCGCAAGAUUUUCCAACGUCUGCAUCGAUUCAGGUCGAAGCAACGACCACAUCGUCGCCAUAUCCUCACUUCGGCGACAUCUCCUGGUCGAAUUGUCAUCCGGAGCCAUUGGCGGUUAGUCGGUGGCUCCGCAUCUCUUCCAGCCGCAAACAAUACAACUUCAAUAUUCACUGACAUAAGACCCCACCCACUCCGGGCUGAGGACCGUGUGCCGCGGGCGUCGUUUGUCUACCUCUUUAUCUUCAUGCGACCCCCUUUUUCUUCACCGUCGCCCACGUCAUCAUCCUAGUCAUCGUCGCUACACAGUCGAUGUUGCGUCCACAGCCCGUCGAGGGGGGAAGACUCUUGUUUUCGCUAUCAUGUAUGAUUACUUCGCGCAAUGAGAUCAAUUGCGAUGUAUCACCUUGGGCGACACUCCUGUCGAACUUGAAAUGCGCCAUGUGAUCUUUCACUGCUAAUAUCGCGCAGCACGAAUCUGUCAGAUCACGAAUGCGCUAAUUGUGCCGUGAAGAAUUCUCGAUCAACGGCCUAUGAUGAUCGCGUAUGUGGACGUGUACCUGAACUCACGGAACUUCAUAAAAAGAAGAAACGGGUUGAUGCUCUAUUUCCGUUUAUUCGCUGAAUUUAUAAUGUAAAAUAGAUACAAAAAGAUCAAGAGAGAUAAACAGAUACGAGAAUAAUUGAGAGCAUGUCUCGAUGACAGUGAAUGAAUGAAUGCAUAACAACAUUGCGAUAUCAUAAUUUUUACACAGAAUCCUCACGGUAUACCACUGAGAGAUUUAUUAUACGGUUCAUCACGUCGCAGAACAUUCCUUCAGUCCUGUUUUCUUAACAACACGUAUCACGACUCUCUUACAGGGAUUGCGGAAACGAAUUUUUUAUUAGGUGAUUUCGAAGUGCUUUUCAAGGUAAGAGUUUAUGUUUUGUAUCAGGGAUAUUUCUGUUAUAA